AUGAUCGUGCUUACCGCACACGACGAGCUGAGACGGGAGGUACAAGCGGCAGACAUGGAGAAAAUGGACUGGGACACGGAUCUGGAAAAGAUGGCGAUGGACUGGGCGACCUGCUCCCGACUCGGCACAAGAGAGACAAAUCUAGUAGAGGAACUAUUUGGACAGAACAUAGCUCUGUCGCCAGAGGGCGACGUAGUGGGGCUACUGCAGCAGUGGAUGGCGCAGCGGGAGUACUACAGCUACCACAACAACACGUGCGUCGGGAACAACACAUGUAGGGACUAUGUGCAGGCGGUCUGGGCGGCGACAAACCGGGUUGGCUGCGCUCUUGUGCCCGACUGCGAGUCUAAAGAACGGAAGAUCAGCAUGUUGGUGUGCUACUACUCUCCACCGAAGGAGAGGUGGACAAAACCGUACCAUCUGGGGGACUCGUGUACUAAGUGUCCCCGAGAGUCUCCGUUUUGCGAUAAGGGGCUAUGUGAGGAGUGCGCGAACCCGAUCUGGCACGAUGACGGGUUUGACGAGUGCGCCUUCUGGGAGAACGUCCCAGGUGACUGUGACACCCACCGGGCCUGGCACGCGCGCUUCUGCCCCGCCAACUGUCAGUUCGGAUGCCGGACGAAGUGA